AUGACCAAUUCCACUGUGGUGACUGAGUUUCUCUUGGAGGGUUUUUCCGACAGGUGGAAGCUGAGGUUCCUUUAUGCCGUGUUAUUCCUAGUGAUGUACUUGGCCACCCUCUUAGGGAAUCUUCUCAUUGUUACUGCCACUACCAUCGACCAGAACCUUCACACACCCAUGUACUUUUUCCUCAGGAAUCUGUCCAUCUUAGACAUGUGCUACAUUUCUGUCACUGUCCCCAAUGCCUGUGUCAACUCUCUCUCUGAUAACAGGGCCAUUUCAGUGGCUUACUGUGCAUAUGUGGAGGUGAUGUUCCUCACCAUGAUGGCCUGGGACCGCUAUGUGGCCAUCUGCCAGCCCCUCCAUUACCCUAGAAUAAUGAGCCCUCGGGUCUGUGUCCAGAUGACACUGGUCUUGGUACUGAGUGGUGUGGCCUACUCAGGAUGCCACACUGGGAGCACAUUCCGGCUGUCCUUCUGUCAGUCCAACAUGGUCCGUCAGUUCUUCUGUGAUGCCCCCUCUCUGCUGAGGCUUUCAUGCUCUGACACCUUCAUCAAUGAGAUUGUAAUCCUUGUCUCUGUCAUGGUGUUGGCUGGAGGCUCCUUUCUCUUAAUUACAAUGUCUCAUAUUCAUAUAUUUUUAACUGCACUGAAAUUUCCUACCAGAAGAGAGCGAGGAAAGGCCUUUCCCACCUGUGUCCCUCACAUCCUCGUGGUGAAUGUCUCCCUCAGCUCUGGGAGCUAUAUGACCCUAAAGCCUUCAGUAAACUCAGAAACCACUCAAGGCAUGAAUACCUCUGCAUUUUAUACCAUAGUUCCUCCAUUCCUGAAUCCUGUCAUCUACAGUCUUAAAAACAAACAGGUAAAGGAGUCAGUGAGGAAGUUAAUUUUAAGAAAGUUUUAUUUGGAAAAAUUAUAA